GACCGCCACGGCCUCCGCGAGGUGCGGGCCCAGGUCGACCGCGUCCUCGCCGUCGUCCGGCCCGGCGACGAGGCCGUCGUGCUCGUCGAGUCGCCCGGCGGCGAGGUCUCGGCCGUCGGCGCCGUCGCGGGCCAGAUCCGGCGCCAGAUCGCGCGCCUGCGCCGCGCGACGCGCGCGACGGCCUGCGUCGACGCCAUCGCCGCGAGCGGCGGCUACAUGGCCGCCGUCGUCGCCCACGAGGUCCGCGCGGCGCCCUUCGCGCUCGUCGGCUCCGUGGGCGUCGUGUCCUACGUGCCCAACGUGCAGCGGCUCUGCGAGCGGAGCGAGAUCGACGUCCACGCGCGGACCGGCGUGCUCACGGCGGGGAGCGACAAGCGCACCGUCGACGUCGUCGGCGUCGUCACGCCCGAGGACGAGCGCAAGGCGCGCGAGGAGCUGCGGCUGAUCCACGAUGUUUUCAAGUCGCACUGCGUCAAGUACCGCCCGCGCCUCGCCGACGACAUCGACUCGCUCGCGUCCGGCGCGGCGUGGCUCGGCGCGCACGCGCUCUCGCUCGGCCUCGUCGACGCCGUCGACACGUCCGACGACUACCUGGCGCGGCUG